AACACCAGAACCUUCCACAUCAAUCGAGACAACUAACGGUACCCCAAGUAGUACAAUUGCUGAAACAACAAUACCUCAAACUUCCACACCAAAAGAAACAAGUAUGGCUACCCAAAGUAGAACAAAAGCUGUAACAACAGCAACACCACAAACUUCCACAACAAUUGAAACAACUACCGCUACCCAAACUACAACUGCUACUGAAACAACCACAAAACCUCAAACUUCCACAACAAUAGAAACAACUAUGGGUACAGCAAGUAGUACAAUAGCUGAAACAUCAAAAUCAGAAACAUCAACAACAGUUGAAACAACUUCGGGUACCCCAAGUAGUACAAUUGCUGAAACAACAAUACCUCAAACUUCCACACCAAAAGAAACAAGUAUGGCUACCCAAAGUAGAACAAAAGCUGUAACAACAGCAACACCACAAACUUCCACAACAAUUGAAACAACUACCGCUACCCAAACUAAAACUGCUACUGAAACAACCACAAAACCUCAAACUUCCACAACAAUAGAAGCAACUAUGGGUACAGCAAGUAGUACAAUAGCUGAAACAUCAAAAUCAGAAACAUCAACAACAGUUGAAACAACUUCGGGUACCCCAAGUAGUACAAUAGCUGAAACAACAAUUAAACCACAAACUUCCAUAACAAUUGAAAAAACUACGGAUACCCAUAGUACAACUGCUGCUGAAACAACCACAAAACCUCAAUUUUCCACAGCAAUAGAAACAACUACUGCUACCCCAAGUAGUACAAUAGCUGCAACAACAACAAAACCGCAGACUUCCAUAGCAAUUCAAACAACUACCGGAACCCCAAGCAGUACAAUAGCUGAAACAACAACACCGGAAACAUCAACAACAAUAGAAAUUACUACAGUUAAUCAAAGUAGUACAAAAGCUGAUGCAACAACAACAACACCUCAAACUUCCACAACAAUAGGAACAACUGCGGGUACCUCAAGUAGUACAAACUCUGAAACAACAAUAACAACACAAACUUCCACAGCAAUUGAAACAACUAAUGCUGCACAACCUACAACUGCUGCUGAAACAACCAAGACACGUCAAAUUUCCACAACAAAAGAAACAAGUACAGAUGCCCAAACUACAACUUCUUUUCAAACAACAAAUCAUGAAACUUCCGCAACCACAGAAAAAACUUUGUCAAUCCAAACUACAACAACAGGCACAACGACAGCAACACCACAAACUUCCACAGCAAUUGAAACAACUACCGGUACCCAAAGUAGUACAAUUGCUGAAACAAUAACAGCAGAAACAUCAACAACGAUAGAAAUAACUUCCUCUACCCAAAGUAGUACAAAAGCUGGAACAACAACACCAGAAACGUCCAUAACAAUUGAAACAACUACCACUACCCAAACUACAAAUGCUGCUGAAACAAUAACAACACCUCAAAUUUCCACAAUAAUAGAAACAACUAUGGGUUCCCAAAGUAGUACAAUAACUGAUGCAGCAACAACAACACCACAAACUUCCACGACAAUUGAAACAACUACAGCUACCCAAACUACAACUUCUGCUGAAACAACAAAACCUGAAACUUCCACAAGCACAGAAAAAACAAUACCUAUCAAAAGCACCACAACAGCUGUAACAACAACAAAACCACAAACUUCCCAAACGAUUGAAACACCUACUGGUGCGCAAAGUAGUACAAUAGCUGAAACAACAAUAGCACCACAAACAUCCACAAGAAUUGAAACAACUACUGGUACCCAAAGUAAAACUGCUGCUGAAACAAGCACAACAACUCAACUAUUCACAACAAUAGAAUCAACUAUGGGUACCCUAAGAAGUACAAUAGGUGAGACAACAACACCCGAAACAUCAGCAACAAUAGAAACAGCUACAGCAACCCAAACUACAACUGCUGAUGAACCAACAACACUACAUCAAAUGUCUACAACAAUAGAAACAACUACGGGUACCCCAAGUUCAGCAAUAGCUGAAACAACAACAUCUGAAACAUCAACAACAAUUGAAGUAACUACCACUACCAAAAGCAGUACCAAAGCUGAAUCAACAACAACACCUCAAACUGCCACAAUGAUAGAAACAAAUACUGGUACCCAAAGUAGUGCAAUAGCUGAAACAACACCAGAAACUUCCACAAUAAUUGAAACAACUACAGCAACCCAUACUACAACUGCUGCUGAAACAAUGACAAUAUCUCAAAUUUCCACAACAAUAGAAACAUCCAAAACUGCCCAAACUUCAACUUCUGCAGAAACAACAAAACCGGAAACUUCCACAAGCAGAGAAGCAACUAUUGCAAUCCAAAGUACAACAACUGCCGAAACGAAAGCAACACCAGAACCUUCCACAUCAAUCGAGACAACUAACGGUACCCCAAGUAGUACAAUUGCUGAAACAACAAUACCUCAAACUUCCACACCAAAAGAAACAAGUAUGGCUACCCAAAGUAGAACAAAAGCUGUAACAACAGCAACACCACAAACUUCCACAACAAUUGAAACAACUACCGCUACCCAAACUACAACUGCUACUGAAACAACCACAAAACCUCAAACUUCCACAACAAUAGAAACAACUAUGGGUACAGCAAGUAGUACAAUAGCUGAAACAUCAAAAUCAGAAACAUCAACAACAGUUGAAACAACUUCGGGUACCCCAAGUAGUACAAUUGCUGAAACAACAAUACCUCAAACUUCCACACCAAAAGAAACAAGUAUGGCUACCCAAAGUAGAACAAAAGCUGUAACAACAGCAACACCACAAACUUCCACAACAAUUGAAACAACUACCGCUACCCAAACUAAAACUGCUACUGAAACAACCACAAAACCUCAAACUUCCACAACAAUAGAAGCAACUAUGGGUACAGCAAGUAGUACAAUAGCUGAAACAUCAAAAUCAGAAACAUCAACAACAGUAACAACUUCGGGUACCCCAAGUAGUACAAUAGCUGAAACAACAAUUAAACCACAAACUUCCAUAACAAUUGAAAAAACUACGGAUACCCAUAGUACAACUGCUGCUGAAACAACCACAAAACCUCAAUUUUCCACAGCAAUAGAAACAACUACUGCUACCCCAAGUAGUACAAUAGCUGCAACAACAACAAAACCGCAGACUUCCAUAGCAAUUCAAACAACUACCGGAACCCCAAGCAGUACAAUAGCUGAAACAACAACACCGGAAACAUCAACAACAAUAGAAAUUACUACAGUUAAUCAAAGUAGUACAAAAGCUGAUGCAACAACAACAACACCUCAAACUUCCACAACAAUAGGAACAACUGCGGGUACCUCAAGUAGUACAAACUCUGAAACAACAAUAACAACACAAACUUCCACAGCAAUUGAAACAACUAAUGCUGCACAACCUACAACUGCUGCUGAAACAACCAAGACACGUCAAAUUUCCACAACAAAAGAAACAAGUACAGAUGCCCAAACUACAACUUCUUUUCAAACAACAAAUCAUGAAACUUCCGCAACCACAGAAAAACUUUGUCAAUCCAAACUACAACAACAGGCACAACGACAGCAACACCACAAAAACUUCCACAGCAAUUGA